AUGUCCACCAUUUCUACAGCAGCAACAUUAGUUCAUUCUUCUUCAUUCACGCCAAAAUGUUCCUUCGAGUACACGAUAACUGAUUGGAAAAAAUAUUCGACACCUUGUUAUAGUCCUCCUUUUGGCACUUUUUAUGACUUGUUUUGGCAACUGAAAUUUGUCUCGACGGCACAUGAUUAUCCUAGGCAGUGUUCAGUUUAUUUAUGGGCGGUAGCUAAUUCUGAGGAAGAAGGUCUCGAGAUCACUUGGUCAAGACGUGCUUCGGUAAAAGCUAAAUUGUAUCUCAAAAACCCAAUCACAAAUCUUGAAAUACGUGGACGAACACUUUCGAGAAUGGACGAAUUCUCAGCUAAAUGGCCUGGUCGUGGAUUUAAUGCGUUCUGUUCAAAAUCUGAGCUUCCUGAAUGCGAUUUAAUAAUUGGAGUGCAAUUUUCAGAGAAUGAAAUGAAAUCCCAAGCCAUGCAAAUACCACUUCCCAUCAAUCCACUACCCAAGAAUUUGAUCGAUGCUUGGGCAUCACAACUGGAAAAACCAGAAAUGUCAGAUAUUCGAUUUGACGUCAAAGGCGCGACAUUAUAUGCCAACAGUGACAUACUCUCGCAACGAUCAGAAUACUUUCAAUUGUUAAUACAAGAGCAAUGGGCCGAAUGUAAAGCUAGCUGUUUACGAUCCCCCCUUUCAUCCCGACCUAUAUCACAAAAUUUUUCUUGUACUUCACAAAAAUCUGAGAAUCAACAUCAUCUUUUCCAAUAUAAUGUUCGAAUUCCGGAUUUCGAGCCAGAGACAUUUGCCGAAAUGCUUCGUUAUUUGUAUACGAACGAAGUGAAAUUCGGUAGCACUGGAUCAAAAACUGAUCCACUUUCAAUGUUUUGCAUUGCAGACAAAUAUCUUAUAAUGGAAUUGCGACAACGUGCCAAAAUUGCUGCUUUAAAAGAAGUCAAUAUUGAGAAUGUUGCUGAAGGAUUAUUCAAUCUCGCUUGGAAAUGGCCAGAAUUAAAAGAGUACUAUAUGAAAUUGAUAUUAGAAAAUUUCACAGCCGUACGAAAAACCGCUGGGUUCAUUAAAAUAAUGGCUAACCCCUCUCUAUAUGAGAAUUUUACAGAAUUAAUUCUCGAAAUUCUUGAAUCACUUUCUCCUUUACCCGCAGAUUUGGAAAAAAGCAAUGCACAAUAA